UAUCGAUAGAAAAGGACAACGGUGCCGCCGAGCGGCAGGGUGGGGUUACUGAAUAUGUAAUAGGGAGAUGUGGGGUCGCCCCAUAUGCUCGUUCUGAUUGGUUCUGGUGCGGUCCCGUGCUGGUGUGGUGGUACCAGUGAAAAAUAAACACUGCGUGAACUUGGAAAACGUCUUCACAUACGUCAAGCAAGUAGGUAAAUGCCAGUUUCUCUCAGGAGGUACGUUGUACGAAGUCCUGUAUGAAAAGGAUCAACAGCCUUACGUGAAGUGCAACUUGCAAAGAUAAGGGCAACGAAACGAAAUCGAUCUGCCGCAAAGAGAACAAGUUCAAGUUCGGAGGAUUCAAUGGAUAUAUUCAACCAAGAAAUACUGGAAGUGGCAGUGGAAAUUGUGAAAAAGGCUGGAGAAUUAAUGCUAAAAGGAUUUUAUGCAGUCAAGAAAGUAGAAACUAAAACGGCAUCAUAUGAUGUUGUAACUGAAUACGACAAAAAAACAGAAAAUUUAAUAAUAUCUGAACUGAAAAAGGCAUUUCCAUCGCACAGGUUCAUUGGUGAAGAGAGCAUAGAAGGACCAAAUGAAGUUGAAAUAACUAAUGAACCAACAUGGAUUAUAGAUCCCAUAGAUGGGACUUGUAAUUACAUACAUGGUGUUUCUGAAUCUGCUAUAUCUGUGGGCUUUGCAGUCAAUAAAGAAGUAACAGUUGGUGUUGUAUACAACCCAAUAUUGAACCUCUUGUUUACAGCAUGCAAAGGAAUGGGUGCUUUUCAGAAUGGGAAAAAAAUGCACGUUUCCACAUGCUCAGAGCAUUCAAAAUCUCUUGUGGCAACAGAAAUAUCAUUUGCUGGAAUGACACAGUAUGAACACCAAGUUAUCGAGAGGCUGCGUGGCCUGGUUAAAGGAGCACAUGGAGCUCGAGCAAUAGGAUGUGCUGCAACGACAUUAUGUUACGUGGCUAAUGGCAGUAUGGAUGCCUAUGUGCAAGAUGGCUUAUAUUGCUGGGAUGUAGCUGCAGGAAGUAUUAUUGUUAAAGAGGCAGGUGGAAUUGUGCUCAACACUAAUGGGAAACCAUUUCAGUUAACAGAAAAAAAAAUAUUAGUUGCAUCCACCCAACCAUUGGCCGAUCAGUUGAUAGCAAUAAUUAAAGAGGCAGAUGAGAAGGCAUCUCACUUACACUGAUAUACAAAUAUUGAAAUACAAUUUGAAGUAGUUAUAUGACUAAAAUUGGAUUUCUGAAAUGUGUUUUGUUUGAAAGCACAAAAAUAAAGAAUGAUAUGGGGCUAGAAGAAUAAUUCAUUCUCUGCGUAGCGAUAACUGCAAACAAUUAUAUAAGAUCACUAAUCUAUAGAAAAAUAUCCAGAGGUCAUCUUGAUUUCUAUUUUUUGUAUAAAAAGAUAAUGAAACUCAACAAGAGUAAAAAAAAAGGUCAAAUUUAAUAUUAAGUAUUCCAUAACUGACUUGGGUUCCGAUACUUUUUGGCAGUGUUGUCUCAGAAGUAAGAAAUAAAGCAAUCAAAAAUUUGAUUUCAAAUUAACAAAGAAGUCAGAAGGGUUCAAGAGACUAAAGAAGUUUCUAAAAUUUAUGUAAUAUUUCAUUCCAUCAACUACCGGUGAUUCACAAUUGCUGAAUCUGAUGCAAUGUAAUGGCAUAACCAAACAACAAUUAAUUUGUCACCAAAACUGUGGAAUAAUAUUAGAACCACCUCUAAAAGCCAAAACAAUGUUGUCCUACAAACAGGGCAUCACAAAGUGCAAAAACAAGUUUGUUGUAUGAUCUGACAUUUGACAUUGAUCCAUAAGAAAUUGCAUAAAUUUCCUAUACAUGAAAGAAAAAUAUGCUUAUUAGAGAAAUGCAAUUUUGUUCACAAAAUUCACAAUUUAAAAAAUUAUUCUACUCAUAGGGAACAUUAAUUUUAAGUGCUGACUGUAAAUUCAUCCUUUACAAUCAUAAUUAUAUAUAUAGAUAUAUAAAAUUUUUAUCAAGUAUUUUAACUUUAAUUAAUUUUGAAGUAAAAAUGUAUUUGUUGUUAUUUUAUUAUAGAAAAAAGUUAUUAAAAUGAAUUAUAAGAAAUGUAAUAGAAGCUAUUUUUUUUUAAAAUACCUAUCCUCAAGAUUACACAACAUCAGAAUGCAAAAUUAAGAAUUAAUCACGUAUGUACUC